CUUAAUUCCCGAUAAUUCUACUCGCAUGCCUAUGAAAAGUAGUAGUACCAAGAACCGUAUAGCCACUGAAGUCGAUAGAGAAAAGUUUGACAACGACGAAAAUGUUUUGACGGAUUUAAAUGGCAAAGGGUGUGAUCUGAAAUUUCUCUAUGUUCUCAACUUAAUCGAUGUAUUGAAUAUAUUGCUGAAUGCCCAGGGAACAGUUGCAGAAGCUAAUAUUCCAAGCACGAGUAAGUUCAUGAAAGUCAGCAAAGCCAGACCUCCUAUUGCUACCAAGUGCACAGAGAUGAAACUGCCUCUCCAAAAUUGUGCAGAUAAAUGUCUUGAAAUGCAGACAUGUAAAUCUUUCACAUAUCUCAAACAACGAUCCAACUGCAGACUGUAUGGGAUAUGGAGCGGCGAAAUCCGAAUAGUUCAUGCAUCUGUACGAGGAUACUACCAGAAAGCAGUAAACGAGACAUGUCCCAUCAAUGUUUUUUACGGUGGUAAGUUUACAAAUUCGAAAUUUAUAUCCACACUAAAAUCGAAAUCAUAUAUUGAUUGUCUGAAAGCUUGUAGAGACACUACUUCAUGCUACUCUACUAACUUCAACGUGAAGACAACCACAUGUUACUUGAAUCCCGAUAGCUCUACUGACUCAAAUAUCAGAAGACGAUCCAAUAACUGGAUAUCUACUAAAGUCGACAGAGACAAGUUUGACAACGACCCGGAUGUUUUGACCGAUUUAAAUGGAAAGGGAUGUGAUUUGAAAUUUCUAUACGUUCUUCAUUUCUUAGAUGAGAUAACCUUUCCUGGCACUGACGCAAUGCGGAGGCGAGCACUUUACACCAGGCGACGGAAUACAUCCGGCGACAUAAAGUUAAAGACCGUCACUCCUGUUGGCAGCCUUUUCGACUGUGCUAUCAGGUGUAUGCUAUCUCCGGGAUGUGUGGGAUUCGGAUAUGAAUUAUUCUGUCAAAUGGCUGUGAAGUAUUGAAGUUCUGCACGAUUUCUUAAAACCCUUUCUUCACACAGACGAACACACACAAAUCGACCUCCAUUCAUCUUGAAUGAUGUCUUUCAACACUACCGGGUUUUUUUUCUCCUUAACCUUCCUUUUCAAAACACCCCACAGAUGUUCUAUUAGGUUUAAAUCAGGUGACUUGGUAGGCCAAGGCAAUACCUUUACCUUUUUAUCUGAUAAAAACUUGGUCGACAUCUUUGAAGUGUGUUUAGGGUCAUUAUUAUGUUUGUUCAUGUAAUGUUUUCGCAGCUCCCUGAUGCUUUCAACAUUCUUUUCUGCAAUAUACCACAAUAAAGCCUUGAAUCCAUUGUUCUCUCAAUAAAUGUGAGUCUUCCCACACCAGCCGCACUCAUGCAUCCUCAAAGCAUAACACUUCCGCCACCGUGUUUCACGGUGGGAACGGUUCAUUUGUCGCUAUUAUCUUCACCUAG